AAAACAUAAAUAAAGCAAUCAUGAUUUCAAAAAUGCCUGUGAGAAUAGCAAGAACUUUAUUACCUGUAAAUUUUCCUGGAUCUAAAAUAAGUAUUUAACAGUCCCUAAUUGAAAAAAGUAUAUUUUGAUUGUUAUUUAAAGAUUAACUAUUUUAAAUUAUCGAGAAUGAUAUAAUGCUUGAAGCUUUUACUAUAAAUAAUAAUCAUUAAAAUCGUGACUUAACAAAAUUUAAUGGUUUCUAGGUUAAGAAUAUUGAAGACGAAUAAAGAAUUGAAUUAAGUAAGAAUGUAGAAAAUGUUUAAAUUUUAAUUUGUAUCGAUUUCUAAAACAGAAACUUAUCAAUAGAAAAGGAAAUAAUGGACACUUAAAUAAUCCAAAUACAAAAUACUUCAGAUCUGCCUUUGAGUUUAUUUCAAAAUGUUCCAUAAUUUUAAGCUCCAUUCAGUGUUUAUUUGACUAAAGGCAAUGGAAUUAUUUUAUGUUAUGAAUGUAUGAUCACAAAUGAUAAGGUAUGGUAUGAGUUAAAUUUAGAUAAAAAUAGAAAUGGUUUAAAUUAUUGAUGAUAUUGAAGAACACAAACUAAUUCCUAGAGAAUAUAGAGGAUUGUAAGAUUAUAAUGGAAAUAAUCAUAUUAUCGAGAAUUCUGUACAUUAUUUGAUAAUAAAAAAAGAUAUAAAAUGAAAUGUUGAAUUACUUAAAGACAUUUGAAAUAGAUUCAGAAUUUGCUUAAUUUGUAUAAUACAUUCAAAUACAUAAAGAACAAAUUCUAAAUGUGAAUAAUUGUUAUACAAGUAAAAAACUUAAUGAUUGA